CGUAAAGUAGUUUUUCUUGGCUUACUAUUCCGUGGUUUUGGCCAACAGAUUCCCUUUGGAACUGGCAACAUGGAGGAGGAGGCCGCCCAGUUCUCGGUGCACGCGGUGUGCCGCAUUUGUCUGAAUCGCCUACCAGAGGAUGGCGUCGGACCGGGGUCCUUCGACCUUUUCCUAAUCCCCGAGUUGGCCAAGAAGUUGUGUGUCUGCACUUCACUAGUAGUGGAACAGUCGGAUGGAUUCCCAAAGAGCUUGUGCACGCCGUGCUACAACCGGCUGGACGACAUGCACGAGUUCCAGAAACUGUGUGUGGACUCGGUACAGAAGUUCCAGGAUAUGGUGGCCAGAAAUGUCUUCUGCUCGACUGCCAGCUUGCAGAUCAAAACUUUUGAUGUACUAAAUGUGGCCGGAAACGAGGCUGAGUUGGUAGGCCAGGAGGAGGAGGAUCGGAUCAACUUCGAUCCGCUGCUGGAUCACAAAAUGGAGCUGAUUGAGAACGAAGAGGAUGUCUUCAAGAUGCUGGAGCACGUGGACAAAGAGGCCGAACAGGUAGAGAAAGAAGUCAAGCAGGAUGAAAUGGAUGCCGCCGAUCUGAUGACCAUCUUCACCGCGGAUUCCUCGGAGGAAAGCGGCAACGACGAUCAAGAUGUGGACUUUGAGCCCAACAGCAGCGACGGUGACGAUGAUGUGCCCCUGGCCCAGCGAAUAAGGGAGGUCACCCGGACCAAACCGAAAGCCAAGAGACCCCAAAUCAAGGAAGAAGACCUAGAGUACCUUUCAGGUUCUGGUGAAGAAGACGAGGACGAGGAGAAGUCGAAAAGCAGGCGUAGGAGGAUUCCUCCCGGCGAGCGUCACCUUCACCGCAUUAUCGACUGCCACAUCUGCCACCAGAAGUUCAAGAAAGCCAUCCGCUACGAAGAGCACAUGAAACACCACAACGAUCUCCUGCCAUUCCAGUGCAAAGUGGAGACCUGCAGGAAAGGUUUUACCACCGCAGGAGGAUUGAGGCUCCACAUCGACCACGCCCAUACAGAGCUAUCCGAGGUUCACUCUUGCAAUGUCGAUGGCUGCGGCAAGACAUUCCCACGGAUUCGCCUGCUCACCUUCCACAUGAAAAAGAUGCAUGGCAUUACAAAGGCGGCGGCGCCGCCACGGACUACCCCCUGCACCGAGUGCGAGAAGGUUUUCCGCUGCCCUAUGGCUCUCAAGAAGCAUAUGUAUAAGCACGAUGGCAAGGAACUACCCUUCCCCUGCAAUAUCUGUGGCAAGCGGUUCGUGAUCAAUAGUGCUCUAAAGGAUCAUUUAAUGAGGCACGCGGGCAUCAAGAAUUAUGUGUGUCCUUACUGUGGAGUGGGAAAAACCACAAGACAGGAGUGGAACACGCACAUCCUGACGCAUACGCAGGAAAAGAAGUUUAAAUGCCACAUCUGCGAGCACGCCUCCCACAACAAACAGAGUUUAGCCAAUCACAUUAAGAUCGUGCACGAAAAGAUCAAGAACUAUGCGUGCCAGUACUGUGGAAAGACCUUUGGAAAGUCACAUGCCUGCAAGAUCCAUGAGAUGACGCACACCGGCGAGAAACGGUGCGAAUGCAAGGUCUGUGGGAAAAAGUUUCUUUACCCAAAGAGUUUGACGAAACACUUGAAAACGCACGAAAAGCGGGUGCUUCGGGCCAUAGAAACCUAUCGUCAGCGGCAGGUGGAAAUGGGCGAGGCUCCUGGCGAACAGUUAGACAACCCUCCACCACCACCAGUUGAAGGAGUAACCAUUGUACCGAUCAUAUCCCAAAAUGCAGCAGAUGAAUUGCUUAAAGUGUGCGCCGAAUCAGUGGCUACCAUACCCAAAGAUCCACGACGUGUUCAACGUGUGGACCUGGCCCAGUUGGCUGGUACUUCUGUGAAUCCUAUACCCUCGGUUUCAGUGCCUUCUUGGUCACCACAGGUCAACUUCACCAAGAAGGAAGGCAAACAUAUUUGCCCCGGAUGUGGUCAGGGAUUUAACAAUAUCGGAAACAUGAAGCGGCACUACAAGAUCAUCCACGAAAAGGUAAAAGACUUCGCUUGCCGCUUCUGCCCGAAGAGAUUCGCGAAAGCCCAGACUCUGAGACACCACGAAUGGAUUCACACGGGUGAGAAACCUUUCGAGUGCAAGACCUGCGGCACUCAUUUCCGCCAGGAAACGGCACUGAAGCGUCAUCAGCGAACCCACGAAAACCGUCCACCAGUGAUCUCACCCAAGUUUUACGCCGCUCGCGAAGAGCUGGAAGAGCAAGAGCGAAGCAAACGAGAGGCUAAACGGCAGGCGGAUGCGAAGCGACGAGAGAUUGCUGAGGCGGCAAAGGAGCAGCUUUCCUCGCUGCACAAACUGGAGAGUAACGAUCGCAACCUGCACUCCUACGAUGAAUACCAGGAAGCAGCAGCGGAGCGAGCAGCUGCAUCCGCGGAACUUCAGGCGCAACAGUUCGAGGAGAACGAAGUUAAGCGACAUGCGGAUGAAGAGCGACGAAAGAUCCAGGAGGCUGCCUACGAGCAAUUGGAACGGUUGCAGCAUCAGCAGGAGAUUGACAAGGCUCAGAGCUCAUACGAUGGCUACUACGCCCAGAAGGCGCAUGUCGAUGGCACUAGUUUGGACGCUUUAAAAAUCGAUCAUGUCUGAGAUUUAACUGGCGUUAAACGCUUUCAGAAAUUAUGUAACAAUCGUGGAGUUUUUAUGAAAAGCAAUACCUUUUAAUAUGUACGAGAACAGUGUGCAUACGAUGGAUAUAAAUUAGGCUAGGAAUAAACGUUUACAUACGAUUACAUCUAAUGUCCUUAAUGCUAGUACAAAUAAUACUGUACAUUUAUCAGGAAAACAUAAUACCCUUAAGUGAAUUUAAUUUAAGUUUAUAAUUAAACAGGAUUGUAUUGAGAGGUUGCGAGUCGUAAGAAAUUAUACAUUUAACUGAAAAAGCAAA